UUUUAACAAAAAGAUAGUCUAAUGUUGUCUUUUAUAAAAAUGUUUCUUUUCAUCCCAGAUGGAAGCCUGUUAUACACUGGCCCAUCAUCUGUACUCACUUGAUUUAAAUUCUUUAAUCUUGAAACUGAUUUUGUGUGAUUGUUGUACCACUAUAUGUCUAGCUCCCAACAGCAUAACUGUAAUGUAUUGUAGUUUUGAUUGUUGGUAAAUGUAAAUGCAAAAAUAAACAUCACAACAACUGAAAUAUAUAAAAAAAACUUUUAUUUUGGCACAUUUUCAAAUAAACAUGUAUUUUAUGUACAGCUGGGAUAUCCCUAAAAGGUUCACUGUAGGAUGCAGAAUGCUACAUUGUCAGUCCAAUCAAUCACUUUUAGAAAUGCACUUUGCACUUUAUCCAUUCAGAAUUGGUUACUGUCACAUUAAGACAGAAAUAGCCGACUGUACCAUGCCUAUACUAAUCUGACUAUCUCAUAUAACAAUAAAAACAAUAAUGGUGGUUAUAAAACGUUUUUCUUUCUUUUUGUUGAAAAAUGCGCAAUAUUGUAAAAUAAGCUCAUUGAGACUGGAUUUGGCUCUCACGCAUUGAAAACAACAGAGGAGUGAGCCAUCCUGUUCACCUAAAAUAUCUUUGUUGCGAGCAGCCUUGUAGAGCUUGUUCUCAGUGCUGAGAGCUCCUCUCCCCUUGCUGCUGCAGUGCCAGUUGUGCAUUACUCCUUGUGGUUCAGGUUGCUCCAGCAGCCACUGUAGCAGAUGCUGUGGGUUUGAGAGACAAGCUGUGGGUAAUACACACUGACAAACGAUGCAAACAGCUCCCAGUUACACUGUGACCAAAGGCAUGUCACAUUUGACCUGCCCGCUGCUGUGCGGCUAGCCUUUUAGCUAAAGUUAGCCACCGACCGUUACCGUUAGCUCAACUGCAGCUGACUAGCAGAGAAACGCCCAGAAUGAUAAAGUUGAGCUAACAGUGAAACUAAACUUGACGAAAAUACAAAUAACAGCACAACCUAUGCUAAGUGCUGAAAACAACUCGCUUUAACGGCCGCAGUAUCUGGAAAACUUUUCGACUCUCAUGCGGACUUUCUCCACUGUUUCCAGUCGUCGUUCGGAGAGGGUUAACGGCAGUGACCGUUGUUGCAGCACUCAGUCAACAGUCAACGAUGUCCCUACUGUCCCGUACAACACGCCUACUCGGAAGAGGAACAACCUUGCUCCGUGAUCCGUGUAAGAGGAUUUGCGUUAACAUGUCGUCCUCCUCUGCCUCGGGUAAGAGACUGCGGGUUCUGGUUGACAUGGACGGGGUCCUGGCGGACUUCGAGGGCGGGUUCUUGAAGAAGUACCGGGCCAGGUACCCGAACGAGCCCUACAUCACCCUGGAUGACAGGAGGGGGUUUUGGGUGUCGACGCAGUAUGGGCAGCUGAGGAGUGACCUGUGUGAAAAAGCCAGUAGUAUCUGGGAGUCUAAGGACUUCUUCAUAGAACUGGAAGCGCUGCCAGGAGGAGUGGAGGCGGUUAAGGAGAUGGCCAAGAUGGAUAACACAGAUGUCUUUAUUUGCACCAGCCCUAUAAACCAUUACCAACACUGCCCGUAUGAGAAGUAUGCCUGGGUAGAGAAGCAUUUGGGCCAUCAUUUUCUGGAACAGGUCAUCCUGACCAGAGACAAGACAUUAAUCACCGGAGACAUUCUAAUAGACGACAAGCCUGACAUUCUAGGCGUGGAGCCCAAACCAACAUGGGAGCACAUCCUGUUUACCGCCUGCCACAACAAGCACCUUUCCAGCAGCCCCUCCCAGAGACGGCUCCUAUCUUGGUCGGACGACUGGAGGGCCAUCCUGGACAGCAAAAGGCAGUGAGGACACUCCGUUCGGGGGGGGAUUGCUUGUCUUCCAGAAGCAAUGCCAGAAUUCAUCUCUGGAAAGAAGGAACGUAAAAUACCAAAGGGGGAGUGAUCAGCGAAAUUAUCAGUAACAUAUUCAGGUUGGAUGUUUUACACAGAGCAGACACUUGUUGCACUCCGUUGGGAGAGGACAAUCACUUGUUUGACCACAAGGGGGCACUCUGAGACUGUGUGUGAAGUGGGGCCGACAACCACAUUUCCACCAAUUUCACUGAAACAACUGUGACAACAAAACAGUCAAACAUGAGGACAAAAUUAAUUCAAAGUACUUGUUAAAGUCUAAAAGGUAUGAUUGACCUUGCCUGUGUCCACUGCAUACUAUAUGUUUUUUUUGGAGGGGGUUCUUACUGUGGACAUUUUAUUUUUGAGCCACUGGAUGGGUUUACAGUUUUCCUCACAAAUCUUAUCAGUAGUCGACAGCGGUGUGUUGCGUUAAUGAGUCAGUGGACCUUAAUUCACUCACAACAACAGGGCACUCCACUACACAUUCUAAUUUACAGAAAAAGUCUCCAUGAGUCGUAGGCACUGGUGAGUAUGUGCAAUACAUAAAUGUAGGAAAGUGACCUGGACGUACAAACACUGUAACUGUUAUGUCAGGUUGUUAUUUUACAUAUACUGUUUUGGGAGAAUACUGCAAUGUGUCUUGGGUCACCGAGCACCACCGUCAAAUAUACGUGUAGAGAGAUAUGUCGUUAAGGUUUUUAAAGAGCUGAUACAGUUAUAUUGGUGCUUUUUCACUUUUUUCCUCUGUUUCACAAUGGUUUAUGCAUCUUAACUAUUACACCAAUGAGAAAAGAAAUACUCAUGCACACACACAUACGCAUGUUGCCAAAACCCUUACUAGUGUUGAAUAUAUUAGAAUUACAGUCACUGGAAAAUGUGUGCUGAAUAUGUUUAAAAUGUUAAUGGAAGAAAAGAUGUUAAGAUUGUUUCAAUCUAAGAUGUAAGACUAAACUUAACCUCAAAAAGUGACAUGAUUUAUAUUGUUUUUACAUGCUCUAAUUUCACACAGUCAAACAAUUUUGAAUCUAACCCAUAUUUUAAUCAUUUCUGCUUAAACGUCUUGCAGUAUGCCCAUUGUAAAUGUGCUGAAAUGAGAGAGUAACAUUAUCUCCAUAUGUCCAAAAUCAGUACGCACUAUAAACAGUACACUUUCUUUUAACCUUAUAUUUUCUAUUUUUAGCAUGUUUACAUAAGCACAUUGCACCAGAUUAAAAACCUCCUGACUGAGUACCUCCACAACACAAUAAAAUCAAUUUAUUUUAGCAUGUCGUUUGUGAUUUGAAAAUAGAUUUUUGACUGAAAAGACUACAUACAGUGUAUCCACAUUUCAUGACAUUGAGCCACAUGAGCCACAAAACUGCAUUUGUCUGUUUCACCCAAGAACUGCAGAACUCUUGCUCACUGUCUGCGGUGAGUUUAAGCAAAAGAACAUUUAAGAAAACGACUCUCUCUCGGUCAGGAUUUUCUUUGUUCUCCUUCAAUCCAUUUUGGCUUUUUCUGGCAGGUCAGUCAGGAAUUUUCCUGUUGCCAAUAAUGUGCUUUGUGGAAAAGAAAGCGGUGGAUGCAGAACAUAUGUUAUGACAGAUGUACUUAGUGCUGAGUGUUUAGUCUAGUGAACGCAUUCAAAUGUUUCUGUCCAUGGGAUAUUUAAAUGCUGUGUUUUAUUCCACCUCACUUAAAAUGCCUACAAAGAAAAGAACAAUAGGAGGACCAGGGAAGUUUUAAUGAACCUCUUUUUGGUGCAAUUAAAGGUGCAUUUCAUUUUC